AUGCUACCAUUCAUUUUCAUUCUACCCUUGAUUACCCGCGCCGAGCCGAUCUUUUCGGUGACCGGGGUGAAGCCGUUUGAGGUCGAGAAGAUAUGGGUGCAGAACUUUAUUAAAUUCCAAAAUAUUUUGGAGAAGAAUGGGAAAAAGAAGAUUAUACCUUUAGGUUGCGUUCCGACAAAUUCGGAAAACGGGACGCUUUUGGCGAUUAACGAAACAUUGAGCAAUUCCGACUUCUUGUACACCUGCAAACAAGAUGAAGACGGAGUGGUCAAUUAUGAAGCAAUCGGGUGCUAUUCACGAGAUGGACGUCUUCUAAAAAUCGGGCAAGCCCGUGUCCUCGAUAAUGGAACGACGAUCGAGAAGUGUGACAUUGGAUUGAGCGGGGCGGUGGCUAAAUCGGUAGAGACAGCUUCCGGCUGUUUCGGAAAGAAGGCCGUCUACUUUGAUGGGGCCGAAUGGAUCCAAGAGAUCGAAGAUCGAAAACCGACCGACAUGCUUGAGGGUACCUGGAUGAAGUGCUUCCGGCCUCAUAAUGGAUAUUAUGAAAGCCACGUUAUUGGAUGUGCAUCCGAUACGCUACUUGUUGCAACUGGCGAUACGGCAGAGUUGACUGGGGGAAGAUAUGUGAGAUGUGUCGAGACCGCUUCAAAUGUUGUUGCAUUUGUGACGGUUGACAAAAAAGAACUUAGCUGUGAGCAUGAGAAUGCGAGAAUCGAGCAUGGUACCACCUGGAAUGAUACGUCUCGUGGAGCUGUCUUGCUUUGUCAAAAUACUCAAGUCAUCAAGACCGGCUGCCUCCUCAGCGGCCAAGUCCUGGACCUCGGCCAGGAGGUGACCAUCGAGUUGGGAGCGCCCGAAAAUUGCGUUUUCCUGUGCCACGAACAAUCUAACGCCUACGUCUGCCCCCGCCGGAUAGGAGACUAUAAAAUUGUGCAGGAGGGCGAUGAGCAGACUACCACUGCUUCAACAACUCCGGCCGUUGCCAAGCCGUCCAAGCCGACUCCAGCCCCGCUGUCUCGUCUGCUCGCCAUGAGGAAGUACAAGAAGAAGAUCAUCAAGUCGAAC